GGUCUCUGUCUGGAUUUAAUGGCAUCUCUGCUGGAGAGGGGAGGGACAGGAUCCUUCUGGUUCCCGUUACAAUGCUAAAAUCCACCGUCCUGCUGCUCAGCUGUGCUUCCUGUCGACACUUCACCAAACUGUGGAUAAUAUCUCUUCGGCUGUCAGUGAUGAGUGUGAUGCAGCUAUGUGUGUUCCCUGGACGAUUUUGACUCUAAGCUCCACCUGGUGACAGAACCUCGGACGCUUCGUUUCUGUCACCGCCUGACCGUAACACACCUGAACACCUGAUACCGCAGCCAGUCAUGCCGGAUGCUGCUGAAUAACAAGUAGCAUCUGGGGGGGGGAAACUCACAGUUUUUCUGAGCUCCCAUCAGAAGACUGCCAUGUUUGUGUAAGAAUGAGAAACUGAGUGGGGGGGAAAAAGAGGAAAGCAAGUGAGACUGAAGGGGCUGAAGUGACGGAAACGUAGAGCCAUCCUGUCAGAAGGUUGGCAGCACCUGAGUCAGCCAGGCCCUGAGGAUGACUAGCCUGUUCAAACGCAGCAGCAGCAAUGGAGGCUCCAGAAGUAGUGGAAGUGGUGGUGGCGGCGGGGGAAGUGGCGGCAGCGGCGGCGGACAGGGGCAGCUCAACAACAGCAGGCCCAACCGGCAGGUCCGACGCCUGGAGUUCAACCAGGCCAUGGAGGACUUCAAGACCAUGUUCCCCUCUAUGGACUAUGAGGUGAUCGAGUGCGUGCUGCGCUCCAACAACGGAGCCGUGGACGCCACCAUCGACCAGCUGCUCCAGAUGAGCAUCGACGGACAGGACUUGGACGACAGUUCGGAUUCGGAUGACAGCAUCCCAGCAGAGAUUCUGGAGCGAACACUGGAGCCUGAUAGUUCAGAUGAGGAACCGCCUCCAGUCUACUCUCCACCAACAUAUGAUAUGCACAUUUAUGACAGGAAAUACCCGGAAACCCCACCAACGCCCCCACCCCGAUUUGAAGCCCAGCCUCCUCCAGGUCACCAGCAGGUCCGAAGCUACCGGAACUGGAACCCUCCUUUACUGGGAAAUCUGCCCGACGAUUUUCUGCGGAUUCUGCCGCAGCAGUUGAACAGUACACAGCAGAGCUCUCAGAGCAGCCUAUCCCAGCCUUCAUCGUCAUCCUCCUCCUCAGUUUCUUCAAUAAGCCAAUGGACGGCCCCGUCCGGUUCUCGGUCUGGAGCCGCGGCCACCGCCGGAGGUCCGGGUUUGACGACCGGCGGCACGGAGCAAGACAAGAAGCUGAAGCAGUAUCUGGAGGACGAGCGCAUCGCCCUGUUCCUGCAGAACGAGGAGUUCAUGAGGGAGCUGCAGCGCAACCGCGAGUUCCUCAUCGCCUUAGAGAGAGAUCGCUUGAAGUAUGAAUCAAAGAAAUCAAAGUCCAGUCAUUCAUCUAGCAUGGAGAAUUCCACAGGGGAGCAGUACUCUGCAGCUUCAAUGGAGGCCGUCUCAGACGACGCCCUGUUCAGAGACAAACUCAAGCACAUGGGCAAAUCAACAAGAAAGAAGCUGUUUGAAAUCGCCAGAACGUUCUCAGAGAAGACGAAGAGGAGAAAGUCAAAGAGGAGGACGCUGCUGAAGCACCAUUCACUGGGCACAGCCAACUCUACAGCCAACCUCCUGGACGACGUAGAGGGAAACCCCAGCGAGGAGGACGGUCAGGCUCGGAGGGCAAACACUCAGGAAGAGAACGAACAACGCAACGAGCCAAUAUCAUGAUCCUCCCGUGCUACACCAUAUCAGGGUUACCAUGGCGGCGGCAGCGCGACACAUUGGGUGGUGGCCUUGCGACUCUUCGUGCCCCCCCCCAACCACACCCCCCAGCCCCUGCUCACCCCACCCUAAUCCAAACCAGCCAAUAUGAGGCUCAGCAAUGAGCUGAGACCCCCCCACCCCUCCACCCCUCCUGGUCUCCUCUUCCCAGGGAGAAGAAACGGGCCGAUCCCAGCACUGGGCUAACUGUCUAUAAAUACAUUAUCUCUGUAUUAUAACACUUUGUUGAUAUAUAAUUUUAAAUGUAAAGGAAACUGCAUUAGUCCUGACCAGUAUUUGUUAACUGCUUCCUUUAAUUCACUGAGAGGAACCCCUGCGUGCGUAGUUUACGACCUCGCCAUAUGAACCUUUGUUACUCUUCCAGUCCUGUACAGUAGCAGACCGUGUGUCUCUGAGAUGGGGGGGGGGGUCCCUCAGGCUGGGCAUUUCAAAUCCAGUGUGCACAUUCCCCUUUAUAUACACUAAAACCAUGUAGAGCUUUUUUACCAUGUUUUCUUAACCAGAUUGUAAUAUUUUGAUCGUCAGGGGUUACGUAACUGAAAAUCUCUAGUGUCAGAAUAAUGUGGCCGUUAACGCUGUCGUGGCCGCCCCAGCUGUCGACCCUCGUCCAUGGCCGUGAUGAUAACCGUGUGAUCAUGUUUGGGUUUUUUUUAUAAAGGACUGACCCGUGUUUGUUUGGAGCAGUUUUACUAGUUUGGUGAAAACAGUGUCAUUCAGUCUAUUGUAGCAUCACUAACAGCACAGCUGCACAGGUUAAAAAAACAAAAAGUUGUGACGAGCUUCGUUGUCAGAAUAUUAAAGAGAGGACCAUGAACAGACGUGGGUGUGACGUGAAGGAUCAACAUGAGCAGAGUGAGUCAGGAUAAGUGUAAAACCCAGGGUACGGUGACGGUGGAGUUUGUACCAAGUCUGAAAACAUGAUGUGAUUGUCGUUCACAUGAAAAGCGACAGAACGAGUUCAAGAAUUGUCAAUUUUGAAACGAUAAUA